AUGGAUUACGUAAACAUUGAUGGCAGUUUAUACGAAGCACGAAAUAUUAUUAGUCAAAUGGAUGUUGAAGAUUUGAAAAAAAUAAUAGCAAAUGAUGAUGAAAUUUUAAAAAUUGUUCGAAACCUUUCAGAGGUCCAACAAUUAGAAGUAACAAAAGAAAGUUUAAAAGAAAACGCUAAACGUCUUGCAUUAAAAAACUUAGAUAAAGGACCAGUAUUAAUUCAAGCUCGACAACAUUUAAGUGAAUUGCAUGAUGAACUAGGACAAAUGCGUGAAGAAUAUAAAACAGUUCGACGACAGUAUGAAGAGGACACGGGCGAUGCAAAUCCUGAAAUGAUUUGGGUUAUAAUGCAAUCAACAGCGUCUGAACUUGAUCGCACUACAGAUCAAACGGCUGAUGACUUUUUCUACGGAGAAAAAACAGAAGAAGAAGUAAGUGAGUUUGAACGUAAAUUUAUUGAGAGUCGUAAAAAAGCACAUGAAUUAAAAGUAAAAGCAGAAAAAUUAAAUGAACUCAUGCAAGUGUCACAAGCAACACAGUGUCUUCAGCCAAGAGGUGGUUAUGGAUUCAAUGAAUAUUAA